UUUCCCUGUGGAAUUCCGGCUCUAGGCCUUCGGCUAACAUUGGCUGCUAAGGCGGCUAAAUACACAAGACAGAGGGAAGCAAGUACUUGACGGUAGCUAGCAGUGCCACUAGCUAGCUCAUCCAUGGAUAUGUGCCCGGUUGGCGGCUGCGACCGCCGGGAACCACGUCGUUUGUGCGCGGUGACCGGUGGGCGGGGAUUCAUGGCGAGUCACCUGGUGACGGCGCUGCUCGGCUCGGGAGAUUGGUGUGUGCGGAUCACCGACCUUGGCCCCCAGGCUGCCCUGUCUCCUGCCGAGAGUGAUGGACUCCUGGGCGCUGCCCUCCGCGAUGGCCGCGCCGCCUACUUCUCUGUCGACGUCUGCGAAUUAGCCCAGCUUACAAAAGCUUUGGAAGGGGUAGAUACUGUUUUCCACACUGCUGCGGCGGAUCAUACCAACAACAACUUCCAACUUCAUUACAAGGUUAAUGUCGAGGGUACAAGGAAUGUCAUCGAGGCUUGUAACACAUGCAAGGUUAAAACACUCAUAUAUACUAGUUCCAGUGGAGUUGUAUUCGAUGGAGUUCAUGGCCUCUUUGGCGUAGACGAAUCUACACCGUAUCCAGAUAAGUUUCCCGACGCAUACACAGAGACAAAGGCAGAAGCAGAAAAGAUGGUGAUAAAGUCCAACGGAAGAAAUGAGCUUCUCACUUGCUGUAUACGUCCUGGCAGCAUUUUUGGUCCUGGAGACACGAUAGUGCCAAUUUUAGUAUCUUAUGGAGGAAUGAUGAUCAUUGUUGGUGAUGGCAAGAAUUGUGAUGAUUUUGUAUAUGUUGAGAAUGUAGCGCAUGGUCAUGUAUGUGCUGAGAAAACUCUUUCUACCAUAGACGGUGCAAAGAGAAGUGGAGGCAAAGCCUAUUUUAUAACAAAUAUGGAGCCUGUAAAUAUGUGGGACUUUGUUUAUAUGAUUUUGGAAGAACUUGGAUACAAAAGCCGAUUCAGAUUAAGAAUACCUUCAUAUUUUCUCAAGCCAAUAACAUAUCUGGUAGAUUGGAGCUACCAUAAUAUAUUCUCUCACUAUGGAAUGCGUCAACCUGGCAUGCUAACUUCCGCAAGCAUUAAGUAUGCGACGCUGAAUAGAACAUUCAACUGCAACAAUGCUGCUCAACAACUUGGUUACAAACCAAUAGUGUCACUCAAGGAGGGAGUAAAGAUGACUACUGAUUUCUACAGGCGAUUAAGAGCAUGAGAUAUGCACAUUUUUAUUUUAGAAGAAAGAGGGUGCACAAUUAAGAAACGUCAACUGUCUACACCAAGCAAUGUCUAGAUAUCUGUCUUUCUAUUAGUGGUUGAAAUGUGGUGGCAAUACUGGACCAUAAUAAGAUUCACAAUCUAUUGCACAUAUUACCAUGAAUAGUGUGCCAAGAAAAGAACACAUACAUGUAAUAGUUGAAAUUAAUUACUUUGAUGUGUGGUUAAUCCUUUCACUAUUGAAGAAUUUUGUGGCUAA